AUGGCGGCUACCGAGGCUACUGAUGACCAGUUUACGGGGGAAAGCUCUGUCGUUUCCCCCACAGACCAGUCAGCCAACGUUUCCGGCAAAUCCAACCAGUUAGGCAAUGGCAACAAAACUCCACCUGAAUACGAUUUUGACCAAUGCGUCGCGGCAAUGAAGGGGAAAGAAGUCCCGACUGAUUUAAGCUCUUUUUGGCAUCGUCGAGCAGUCAUCCGCGGGAUUCGUGAUUCGCUCGAAUUUGCAACAAGCCCGGCAAUCGUCGAGCUAUGCUUUGGCGACGAUAGUCGUCAGGCUUAUCAGUUUUCCCGCGCCCGUAAUGCCCGCCUGAUAAUGAGUGACAUAAUUCCUGAUAUAGAAGGCCCUGCUACCCAGCCAUACUGUAUUUGGUAUCCAGAACUUGCGUCGCUAGAAACCUACCGUGAGGUUGCCCGUCGAUAUCCAUCUAUGCGGUAUCAAGUCGGCCGAGCAUGUGCUACUGCGGGAUAUACGGACCUUUACAAAGAACUGGAUCUCCUGCCUGACGUGUCUAUUGCUGAAGAAGCUCGCGAAGUUGACAAAGAUGCCGAUAUCUACAAGAUCAUUAUGUCAGCCCCUCAAAGAUACGCUAUUAUGAAUGAUUUCACCCGAUCUAUCAAUCUUGAAAGUCCACAAACACCCGCGUUUCUAAAUGGCGAUAUAAAGCCUCGAUGGGCCCUUGAACAGCGUGCCCCUCCUCCCAAAAAUAUACCCGACACAACUGCAGAUGAUAUUGAUAUUGAGGAAGAUGGGUUUAUUGGCUUAGAAGAUCUCUGUUUAGAGGAUUGUGAUGCCAUACUCGGCCCAGGAGACUCUGGGCAAUUAUGGAUGCCUCUUCCGCCUGACCUUCCAGUUCUGGAGAAACGCCUUCAAACGCAAAUGGCUGCAUGGGAUGGUAAUGUGGACAGAUACGCUCGACUGAUGCACCCACGUAGGCUCAGAACUUUUACGGAACUGAAUUGUAUCCUUCGUGGAAUUCAUCACAGUACGAUGUUUGCCAAAUGGUGGGCUUAUCAGAUGGAAACCAACCCCGAACGAGCUAUUAUCCCAGACAAAUUGCUUAGCGAAGGCAAUAAGCACGAGAGCCGAAAGAUUCGCACCGCGAUUACUGCUCGUAAAAUAAUGAGCAAUGAAGUGGGCGGCCUUGAAGAUAGCUCAGACUGCCUCCCCUGGAUGAUCUGGUGGCCGGUGAUGCCUCACUAUAAUACCUGUUACGAGUUGGCUAAAAAGUGUCCGUCCAUGAGACUGCAGGUAGCAAUUACCUGUGUUCUGUGUGACUAUGAAACUAUCUUCAAACACUUGAAGCCUCCCCCCCGCAAAGCCCUAUUCGCGGCCGCGAAACGAAGCGACAACCCAUUCUAUCUACAAUACUUAGAAGAAUGUGCAAAAAAGACAAACAUCGAAAGUCGAUAUCUCGCAGACUUCGGUGACUACGAUGCGAAUGAAUCAAGCUUGGAGGCUGAUCUGGAGCCUAGAAAGUCGAUAGCCUAUAGCUCUAUCGACUUUUCCUCUAUGGCAGCUGGAUGGGCAGAAAAUUACAGUAUCUAUGGCAGCAGGCCGGCGAAUGUGGGAGGUGUGGAGAGAUACGUGUGGCUGUCAACUGAGACCGCACAGAAGAUUGAACAUGUAUGUGGUGGAUGGUAUGAGUCACCUAAUAGUGACUACGUACAUCUUGACCCGAAUGACGAAAGGUUCAAUACCGUGCAACCUAUAUUGCCUAUGCAAUGA